GAGGGGCUUCCAAGUUCCAAUGCAAAGAUGUAUUUUUAGAAGGUUUUAAAUUAUGACUUAAAAUACAUUCCAAGCAAAAUCGCUGGGUAAAGUAUUAAGUAGGAGAAAAUGGCUGACAAAAAUGUUUAGUAACGCAAGAACUUGAAAAAAUUUUUUUUUAAAGUUGGCUAUACAAUAUACUAACCAAAGGUUACACAUUUGAAGUUGAACUUUAAAUUAGAACACUAGAAGUAGAAAUUGAACUUGUAGUGUCGCAUUAAAUGAUCAAUCUAACACUGCAAAUUCAAAGUAAUUUAGCAAUACCAGUACCAGAUGAGUAUGCACAGGGCCACAUCACAUUCACAAUGUCUUUUAGUUUUACAACAUUAACACUAGCAGUAUAGAAUAUGGCUAAUGGAUGACAGAUGUAAACAGUAAAGACUAAAGACUAAAUGAUGAUGAUGAAUGUUCAAAGACUUAAAGCAAUUAAUCUCCAAGAAACUGCUGCCUCCAGUGCAGGGAUCUCAAAAGUCCAGAACAAAGGGAUGUCAGUGCAGUACAUCAAGGAACAUGUGAGAAAAUUAGUAAUUAAGGAAGAAGGUUUGAAUAUGAACCAUGUCGUUGUUGCCAGGACGACCAGUCAAGGCUACGCUUUCAAAGCUGUUCCAACUCAGUUAAUCACUGUGCCCAUAGCAAGUGUCACCUCUCCAAGCAAAAUGUCACAAUUUAAAGCUGAACUGACACUAUUGCCGAAAAACAUGUCACCAAUGAUAUUGAGCACACCUCAGCGUACCAAUGUACAUGUUAUCAGUGCCAGUCCCAGAACACCUCAACAUAACAUGCCAAACUUGAUGGAACAUGGAGGCCACUGGUCAGGCAAAAGACCACCUGAACUAUCUCCAUCGGACUUUUCUGAGAGCAAAAGAAGUAGGAAAGGAGAGAAAAGUGGUAAAGGGCUACGUCACUUUUCCAUGAAAGUGUGUGAAAAAGUUCAAAAGAAGGGAACUACUUCAUACAAUGAAGUGGCUGAUGAACUAGUAGCAGAAUUUACAGACCCCCAGAGACAACUUUCCCACAGUGAUCAGUCAUAUGAUCAAAAGAACAUUAGAAGAAGAGUUUAUGAUGCCCUAAAUGUUCUGAUGGCCAUGAACAUUAUUUCUAAAGAGAAGAAGGAGAUCAAAUGGCAGGGUUUACCAACCAAUUCAGCUCAGGAGUGUCAGAACCUAGAGAUCGAGAAAAAGAAAAGAUUAGAAAGGAUAAGAGUGAAAAAGCAACAGCUGCAAGACCUCAUACUUCAGCAAAUUUCUUUCAAGAACUUAGUGGAACGCAAUAAGAAUAUGGAGAAAAACCUUAAUAUUCCAGCUCCUAACACCACUAUCCAGUUACCUUUCAUCAUUGUUAAUACAAAUAAAAGCACAGUGAUUGACUGCAGCAUAUCCAAUGAUAAGACAGAAUACCUUUUUAAUUUUGAUGAUACUUUUGAAAUCCAUGAUGAUAUAGAGGUUCUCAAAAGAAUGGAACUGGCAUACAAUCUAGAUAAGGGUAUUUGUAGUAUUGAAGAUCUGGAAAAAGCUCGAAAAUUGGUGCCAAAGGCCUUGGAGUCUUAUGUCAUACAAAUGUAUAGAGGAAAUGAAGACUUGCUAGCUGGAAUGGAUAUAGAUGAUGGGCUUCAUAUUGAAAGAACAUGCACACGGAGUGAGGCAUCAAAUUCUUCUGAUCUUACUGAUAUGGAGGUUGCUAUGGCAACAGCAAAAGCACAAGGGCUUUCUAGACAAUCUAGCAUUGGAUCUCCUUUGGAUUUUCCAUCUCGUCCGAACACCAGCACUCCCUCUGAAGACUAUUCUGGUAGCGACUCAGAACCUUCAAGUCCAGGGGACAGAAAAUAGCUUAUCCAUCGAAUAUUACUGCCACAUACUCUACCGAAGUGCCCAACUUAUCCUAAAUAGCUGGAAAAAUGCCACUUGUAUGGAUGUAGGAAAGACCUUGUACAUAUUUCAGCACAAACUUAUCUUUGUGGUAUAUAUAUCAGUGAGGUUUACAUUGAAAAACAAAACUAUGCCAUAGUUAUGGCUAACUAUUUAAAUAUAACUGUUAUAUAAAAUCUAACUAAAUACCACAUUUUCGAAAAACAAGAUAUUGGUCCUAAACCACUGGAUAGUACAUGUGUUUGUCUUGGAAGAUGACAGUGGGAGACUGUGUAGCUAUGUCUGGAUUUCCAAAGGUUACAAAGGAAAACAAUUUGUCUCAGAUUUCUUUUUAAACACCAGUAACAAAAUUAUGCAUAGAAAAAAAUCAUGCUUAAAAACUUAUUUUAAUACAACACUUGCAUUUAAUGAAAUGUGACAAUAAUUAGUAAUUUUAAAUAGUUAAUGUGUUGAACUUAAUAUACUUGAAACUUUUUAUAUUUUUGUUUAUCGUAACAACUUAUAAUAUUAGCAAUAUCUUGUAUAAAGAUUUUGUGAAAUGUCACAUGUGGACUAAAUGCAAUGUUCAGGUCAGUAUCUCACUUUCUGAAGGCUGUAAAUUCGUAUUUUCUGCCAGUAAAUAUACUGUAGGUUUUAAGAUGUUGGUUUAGUUAACUUAGCAUCCAUGUUUUAAAGUAUUUAUUACUAACUGGAACUUUGGGGAGUGUGAUUUUGCUUCCAUGUUUUUUAUAGUUUUGUAUUACGAACUGUAAAAUGUUAGAUGAGUUAUUAGAUUUCUGUCUCUUUAUAACUAUAUAUUUAGAAGAGAUUUUAAUUUCAAGAAUAAUCUGCAUGACAUUCCAAAUAGAAAUUAAGGAAAUCUAACAAGUCUCUAGUUUCUGUUUUUAAUGUUUUAUCAUUCUUUGAUAAUUGCAUACUAAAUGAGUGGUAUUAGUAGUAUUGACAUGAGUAAAAUUGAAUUAUUAUAUCUUUUUAAAGUUGAUUUCUAAUUUUAGAAGCUUCAGACUGAUUUUGUGGUAUUUUUAUUUGUUUAUUUUUUAUCAUAAAACAUUGAAAAGAAGAUGUUUAAAAAAAUAUCAAUAAUGACAACACAAUAAACAUUCAAUUUUAAGUACUGUUCACUUAGAUAGUUUUUAAGCUGUUGUUGAUUAAAGUUCAAAAUAUUUUGAGGCAAUCCCACAUAAUUGAUAAAGAGAAGUAAUUAAGUGGUGGUUGAUGAUGCAAAAAACUGUGAGUUGAAUGAAGUAAUUGUAUGCAUUAUUUAGCAUCUCCAAGAUAAAAAAAACAAAUAUUUCAUAGUUGUGUUACUACUCCGACCUUUGGAAUGGCUUGGUCCAAGUACUUACUGCAGAAUCUUGUAAUAAUAAAUUACUAAUAUCCUUUUUUGCAUGAAAAUGAUCUAAACUUUUUGUAUUCUUUAGUUUCUGAUUCAUCAUUCGUUUAAUAGUAACAUUAGAUUUUGAAGUAACAUAAUUUUUUAAUUUAGAAAUUAGAAUUGAACAAUAAAGAAAGUGUUUUAUAUUUAUUACUUUAAAAAUGUUCUGGUAAAGUUACCUGCUUUCAAAAGACUGCCGUGUAUGGUAAAAAUCCUACCAGUCAAAACUUAACUGACAAGGCAAAACUAGCCAAAGUUUUUUUACGUUUUACAAUUAGCUGGUUUUGCUUUAAGGGGAGAUUGUGGAAGCUGUUGAUGACCACCUUGUUACUAAAAUAUGGCCAUGAGCAGUUAAUUGAUGGUUGAAGUUUUGCUAACCUAGAGCAUGAAGUAUUGUAUAAGAAGUGUUUUGAUGAGUUAAAUAUCAGUGUUCAAAAUUGAAAUGGUGUUAAACACAAUUCAAAGUAUCUGGUUUGUGCAAUAAUCAAGUAAGGACUGAAAUAGGACUAAAAGCUGGACUGAAAUAGUAUUCAAGUCAUUCUGAUAACAGAAGUGAUACAAACGUUGUUUGACUGGAAACAAUGUACAUGUUUUGAGGUAAUGUUUUAUAUUUCUUUGAUUUGUCAAAUUUUGCCUGGAUAUUGUUUGCACUUAAACUCAAGUUAUAGUUAAACAUGGUUGGCUUGGUAUGCAUACUGAAGUGGUUAUAAUUUACAUGGUUGAGUGUGUAAAUUGUAAUGGAAAAUUUGUUUGGUAUAGAAGUGAAAGAAUAAUGGUGAAAUGUUGUGUACAUAUUUGAAUAAUGCCAUACUGUGGAAAAAGUCAAUUAUUAUGAGUUGAUAACACUAUACAUAUAUUAAUAUUCAGACUUGGAUAAUCCUUUGACUAAUCAGAGUUGUCAAAGAAGCAUGUACUAAUGAUUAAACCAAAGCUUAUUUGUUUAAUAGCUCUCAUACCUUUUCGAUUCUCCACAGGUCACAUUUGAUGAUAAGUGGUAGGUAAGUUUUAACCUUGUCUCUUAAACUUGUAUUCAUGUGUUAAAGGCUUUUCCUUAAAAAUAUAGUAAAAACAAUCUUAUAUGCUGAAUUUAUGCAACAGGUAGUACAAAAAAGUGGAUGAAACAACCUAGUCACUAACAGACAUUAUAACACAAAAAACAGUUACAGCUGUUUGGGUACCUCAUAUUGUAAAUAGUUUUAGCAUGAUAUUUUUUGUCAUAAUUGCUUCUGUUUGCAAAUAAUUAAAAAAAAUUGCACUGAAUGCCAUUUCUGUCUUGAACCUAGAGAUGAUUGAACAAUUUAUUUUUCAGUCUUGUACAGAAAAAAAAAGAUCAACUACAUGUACCUGAUAUAAUUGAUGUAGUAAGUUUGCAUAACUUUUAUUUUGUUUUCCUUGGAGAAAUGGACAGAUCUCCCAUAAACAUUUUGUACUUUAAACCUGUACUGACCUUGAGUGUUUAUAUCUGUCAGACUAUAUCUGUGGCAUUGCAAGUGUUUUAUUUUCAUAUUUGUUCUGUUUGAGUUUGUUUUAAGAAAACUGUGUUGUGAAACAAAAGCUGUGAUGCAUCAAGAAUGGAAUAAUGAACAGAUGUUUGCUAUUAUUGUUUCUGUGUUGGAGAUUUAGUGUAUACAUAUGGUAUUACACUAAAAAUAAGAAUUCUGAUCCAUGGCCUUUCACUUGACACUUUUUCGCCAACAGAAUUCAGAAAUGAGAAUAUAACUAUCUUAUAGGUAUAGAGCUACAGGACCAUUAUAACUACAAUCAGAGUAUGGAGAUAUUAGCCAAAAUAUUGUGGUUUUUUUUGAUAAAAAUGUUUGAUAUAGUAAAUAGAAAAAUAAUUUUAGUUUUUACAUCAAUUUUUUCAUUAAAUUUCAUUUAACUGUAUGAAGAAAAUCUGAAUAUUUUUGUGGACUUGUGUGGUAUGCAACAUUGUAUUUCUUGUUUUUACUAAAGAUUACAUGACAAAGUAGGUAUUUUUCUCUAAGUGCACAGUUUGUUUCUUUGUUUGAUUCUGCUAAUCUCCCUUUUUAAUUUGUUGUAAUUCCUUUGUUUUUAGAACUACUUGUGAAUUAUUUUUACUCCAUAUUUGCUACAUAAUUUGUAAAGACAGAAAAUGAUCUACUAUUAUAUGGUAAUAUAUAUAUAUAUAUAUAUGUUAGUCUAUCUGAUGGUAGAUCAUUGUACAUUAAAAGGUCUGAUGCUGUUGUUAAUUGCAUGGUUUGAUAAUAAAAUAUAUGCAAUUUUGGAUUACUACCUUUUAAUCUCACAGUUAUUUCACCAAGACAAUCUGUAAUACAGAACAUGGAUGAUGUUUUAGCAUAAUGAUGCUGUAUUAGUUGUAAGACCUAUAAUAAGUAUUGACUUUUUCACUUGUGGUUUAAGAUUAUAAUAAAGAAGAAAUAUACAAGUCGUUACAGUUUUCAAUAAGAUAGAAGAAAGUUAACCAACUGCCACUACAGUUUUGUGGAAACUUCUGUGAUGAUCUGGAUGAAACCAGUUUUACAGAAUAUUUUGGAUUUUAUAAACUGUAUAAAACGUUACCUUAUUGACCUGUGAUGCACAGAAAUGAUGGCUUUAUCUGCAUGGUGUAACCGCAGUAAGGACUGUGAGUCGUUUAUUUUUAGAGACUUCCUAUUCUCCAUGCUAGUUUUUACAUGGAAUUCUUUUUAACCACUGUUUUAACCAUUUCCCUCUUGUACAUAAUACCAUGUUUUAUUCAUCACAUUCAACUUAUGUUGCUGUUAAAUAAGAUUGCAGUGUUGCAUUGAAUUUAAGCACUGCAGUAGCAAAUGUGAAGUUUGUGGUUGAUAGGAUAUUUCAUGUAUAUCAGUUUUUCAUAUGGUAAUUACUGAAAUUGUUUGUGCAUGUUUCACAUCCCCAGAGACCCAUAGAAUUAUUUUCAUUGAAGUAAUCAUUUGAGUUGAGCUUGUUCAGUACUAGUAUGUUCUGUACAUAGGACAUUUCAUUCUUUUUUGUACCCAGUGUUUAUGUAAUAGAUAAAAGAAUAUGAUAUUCAAACAUUGAAUUAGUUUAUUAAUAUAAAAUUGUUGUAUUUUUGUAGCUUUGUAGAGUUUGUCCAAUAGCUCAAAGACUAUAUGAUGUAUGAGUAAAUCAAAUUGAUAUUGUAAGUAUAAUAUUUAAUUUACCAUAUUUGAAGAGCAUGGUAAAUUAAUAAUUUACAAAAACAACUCGUGAAAAUACAUUUGUUACUUAAAUGUCUGUCUAUUUAUGAAAGUAGUGAUGUAAAUAUCAAGAAUUACAAUUUUGUUUUGGCUUACAAUUAACGUUUAAGAAUGAAAGUUGAAUUGCAGUUAAAAUUUCAACUGAUUCAUUUUUAACUUUAGUAGUCCCACUGUGUUUUAGAAAAUAUUUAAAGCUAAUAAGACUGAAACAUUCUAUUUAAACAGCAAGUCCUUUAAUUAUAAUUAUUACUAAUGGUACAGUUUUAUAAUUCUAAAUUUAAAUUAAAUGAUCCACAACUGAGGAGCAUACAAACACUCAUUUAAUUUUGUAAAAUUUCAACAUAUCAGGCACUGAAAAAUUUGUUACAUUAGGAAACACAAGGCUGUAAAAAGAUAUUGUUGCCUACUCACUGCCAGGAAUACAGGCCUUCAAAUUGUAAGUGCUUGUCCAAUCAUAAGAUUUACAUGACAGAAGUUGUGAAUAAAACAACACUACAGAACAUAAAGUAUAGAUUAGAAGAAGACAAAAAAAAAGAGUAUCAUAAAAUUGACUGAAAAUUAAGCACCUCAAAUGUCAACCUGUUAUGAAACAGGAAAAGCUGUUAAGGUUUUAGUGAUGUCAAGUCCUCGAAUACUAAAGAAUAAAAAUGUAGUAACUCUGUUGUGUAGAAUACUGAAAGGUAAGUAGUGUUGAAAAAUGUGUUUCCCACCUUUCAAUAAUUGAGUGCUUUGUUUUGCUCCAUUUGGACUUAGUCAAAGUCAAGUAGAGUUGAAAUAAUACGGCGCUCCAUUUGGACUUAGUCAAAGUCAAGUAGAGUUGAAAUAAUACGGCAUUUAAAGAAAAUAAUGGACUUUUACCUUGAAUACCAUAUGGUCUGUGUAAUGUCAAGCUUUUAUAUUUCAAUAAAGUCAGCUGUAUUUA